AAUAAAUUAAACAUACUCGGGACUGUAUACUAUAUAUAUACGUCAAAUGUACGUAUUGUAAUGUGGUUAUACCUCGAAAAUUUUUGCUGUGACUUCUCAACUAGUUGUUGGGCCCCGAGAACUCAAAGUCCUUCUCAACUAGUUGCUGGUGGGCCCGAGAACUCAAAGUGCUUCUCAACUAGAUGUUCGGCCCCGAGAACUCAAAGUACUUCUCAAGACAGACAGCACUAAAAGAAGUGCGAGGUGGAUUGGGAGGAAAUUGUCACUAUCCUCGCAAUUCAUAUCGUCGUACUCGUACGAGUUCUCCGACUCUCCAAGCUUUUGGGUCAGACUAGUUGUUGAUCUGCGCAUCUGCAGAAGCAAAUUUCAGACAACAUGGGACAAGAAAUAAAUGCUGCACAGGAAGGCUCCACACAUCCGUUGAUCGAGGGAUCGCAGCCGGGGCAACAAAGAAACAGGUCUGUCUCAUCGUCUCUCGAUGAGUCAGGAGGCUUCACUCCACUGCAUCGCGCAGCAGCCAUGGGUCAGAAAGAUGAAGUGGAUAAAAUUCUUUUAGAUGGUAUACUGAAGGUCGAAGUGGCCACAUCCUACGGACACACGGCCUUGCAUUGCGCCGCUUAUGGAGGCCAUGAAACCAUCGUCACAUCCUUGCUUCACUGGUAUGGAAACAAUCCUACUGCUGAUGUUAAUGCCCGAGAUAAAGUGCUGGGCAGAACAGCUUUGCACUAUGCAGUAGGAGGAGGGCACCAGAGGGUCGUCGAGGAACUGAUUAAAUUUCCCGGUAUCGACAUUUGCCCAGAAGACUCUGUUCAGAACCUCACUCCUUUGCUCAUGGAGGUAAUGAAGCACAGGGGAAUUUGCAAAUUGGUCAUGGUCAGGACAUUAAUUGAAGCGUGCCCUGAUCAAAUCAACCGUGCAGUUGGUCCUGCCGCUAGGCUCAUCGAUCUGCCCUGGCUGCAAUCGUGCCCUAUUAAAUUGUUCCGGAGCGACGAUGUUUUACAGAAAGUCUCCGGCGUUCCUCCGAAAGAUGAGUCUGGGACUUCCGAGCAGGAGAAUCGGAAUGAAUACUGGGAGAUCGAGAAGAAAAGCUGA